CCGCCAUUUUUUGCGCUACAGCGUUGCAUAUGCCGAAUGGUCGUCGACUAUUUGUAGUACUCUACGUUUUUUUAUACUCCAAGAAAAUAAAUAUAAAAUGCUAGCGCAUUUAAAUGUGCACUAAGCGAACCGGCGAGCACAACGAUUGCAUAUACGAAGGACAAGUGAACGGUUAACAAGCAAUUACGCAUGUGUUACGUACUGCCAGCGCCGUGUUAUCAUCAGAAUCAGCGCAGCCGCCAUAAAACUGUCUCGAGAAUUGCAAUUAAUUGCGGAAUCAAUAGGAAACAACAGCAUCCAGAGCCGCAAACAAGGCCGUGGGCGUGUUUGCCAAGCGUUCCAACAUGAGUUUUUCCAGCGACGAGGUGAACUUUCUAGUUUUCCGAUAUCUACAGGAGUCAGGCUUUCUACACUCCGCCUAUGUCUUUGGCAUCGAGUCUCACAUCUCGCAGAGCAACAUAAAUGGUGCUCUUGUGCCGCCCGCUGCCCUACUCACCAUACUGCAGAAGGGUCUGCUCUACACGGAGGUGGAGUGGAGCGUGGGCGAGGAUGGAGAGAUGGCGCGACCCAUCGAGGGCCUCAGCCUGAUAGACGCUGUGAUGCCGGAAGUGAAGCCGCCAAAGCCGACAGUCAAAACAGAGCCGGGCAAACCGGCCGUCGAUGCCAGCACGCCGGCCAAUGUCAAUUCGAAUAGCAAUCCGAAAACGGAAAUCAAGAUCGAGCCGGGCACAGGCAAUACGACUGCUGGCGCUGCCGCCAAGGGCACCAAUGCCAGCACCGGCACCAGCACGCCCACCGGCAGCAGCGGCGCCGACACCAACGAGGUGGACUCCAGCGGCACCGCGGCAUCCAACAACAGCAAUACCGCCGCCGCCAGUGGUAACAAUGCCAGCGGCACAGCUGCCGGCGCUGCUGCCGCCAACUCAACGACAGCUGCGGCCAGCGGCAAUGCGGACAGUGCUGGCGGUGCAGCUGCGGCGGCUAACAAAAAGGCGGGAGCUAACGAAUCUGGAGCCACCAGCAGUACGGCGGCCUAUCCGAAUGCCACAAACGCAGAUGAUGCCGCCUCAUCUACGUCCACAAAUGGCAACAGCAGCAACGCCAGCAGCGUGGAACAGCCAGCGGCAGGCGGCACGCCUGCCGUGCCAGCCGGUGCCAAUGCGGAGGCUGGUACAACGGCUGCGGGAACUGCUGCAACGGGCGCCAAGGCGGCCAGCGGUGCAGCUAGCACGCCGGCAACCCGAGUCGGCACUCAGGGCAAUAAUGUGCAGACCACCUGCCCGACGACGGCGCAAAGUGCAGUCCCCAGCAGCACCACACCGGGCAACGGUGGUAGUGGCGGUGGUGGCACGCCCGGCAGCACUGUCGUCGAGGCAAUGGACAUUGAUCAGAGCAUAGAGAUACCUGAAUCAAAGGCCCGCGUGCUGCGCGGCCACGAGAGCGAAGUGUUCAUCUGCGCCUGGAAUCCCAGUCGAGAUCUGCUUGCCAGUGGCUCCGGCGACAGCACCGCACGCAUCUGGGACAUGUCCGAUGCGAACGCCAACUCCAGCCAGCUGGUAUUGCGGCACUGCAUACAGAAAGGCGGCGCGGAGGUGCCCAGCAAUAAGGAUGUCACCUCGUUGGACUGGAACUGCGACGGCUCGCUUCUGGCCACGGGCAGCUACGAUGGCUACGCACGCAUCUGGAAGACAGAUGGUCGCUUGGCCUCCACGUUGGGCCAGCACAAGGGUCCCAUCUUUGCGCUCAAGUGGAACAAAUGCGGCAAUUAUAUUCUGUCCGCGGGCGUGGACAAAACGACAAUCAUCUGGGACGCAUCCACAGGCCAGUGCACGCAACAGUUUGCGUUCCAUAGUGCGCCCGCCUUGGACGUCGAUUGGCAAUCGAAUCAGUCGUUUGCCUCGUGCAGCACAGAUCAGCGAAUCCAUGUGUGCCGGCUGGGCAUGAACGAACCGAUCAAAACGUUCCGUGGACACACGAACGAGGUGAAUGCAAUCAAAUGGUGUCCGCAGGGUCAGCUGUUGGCUUCCUGCUCCGAUGAUAUGACACUCAAGAUCUGGAGUAUGACGCGCGAUCGUUGCUGCCACGAUUUGCAGGCGCACUCCAAAGAGAUCUACACGAUAAAAUGGUCACCCACCGGACCCGGCACAAAUAAUCCCAACACGAAUCUGAUACUCGCCUCCGCAUCGUUCGAUUCGACGGUCCGCCUGUGGGAUGUGGAACGCGGCAGCUGCAUACAUACGCUUACCAAGCACACGGAACCCGUCUAUUCCGUGGCCUUCAGUCCGGAUGGCAAGCAUCUGGCCUCGGGCAGCUUUGACAAGUGCGUGCACAUCUGGAGCACACAGACCGGACAGCUGGUGCACAGCUACAAGGGUACGGGCGGUAUUUUUGAGGUCUGCUGGAAUUCCAAGGGCACCAAAGUGGGCGCCAGUGCAUCCGAUGGCAGCGUUUUUGUGCUCGAUCUGCGAAAGUUCUGAUCCGCAGCAGCAACAACAGCAACAGCAACAACAGCAGCAGCAGCAGCAGCAGCAGCAAUAAUUGAUACAUCUGCCAACUCCCAGCACCUUUUAGGUUAUGCGUAUUGACGUGACCUGGAUUCUAAUAUGCUUUUCGCUUCUGUUUUGAAUGUUAACUUCAAUGUUCUGCCCACUGUCCAUUCACUGAGUUUUUUCUCCCUCCUGCCGCCUCCCUCACUUCAAGUCAAGACACGUUGCCCCUGUCUGUGUGCUGCAAGUGUCGCUCGCGGGGCGUGGCAAACCGAGUUUAAGAACGCCUCGCGCAGCGAUCUCGACCAGUUGUCAGUCGGCGGGAAACGCGCUUUUAAUUUAGCCGUAAGCUCCAUAUGUUUCUAAGUAUUCAUUUUUAUACACAGAUAACUCGUUUAGUAUAUAA